UUUUGGACGCGGAAGAACCACGGGAAGAGUAGUUUCUUGCUCGCUUUGAGAUUUAUAAAUAUAUAGUUUUAUUUUGACUGAAUGUACAAAAAUAGAGAUUGAAAAAAGGAAAAAGGAAAAAUAGUGAAAAAUGGCGGAUGCUGCAGUAACAUUCCUGCUGGAGAACGUGAAGCAGCUGGUGGUGGAGCAGGCGAGUCUGGUAAAGGGGGCGGAGGGUGAGCUGAAGCAACUGGAGAACGACCUGGCGCUGAUGAAUGCUUUCUUGAUGGAGCAUUCCGACAAUCAAGACAAUGGCCCCAUCUUCAUGGAGUUGGUGAAGCAGAUAAGGGAGGCCGUCUACGAUGCCGAAGACGCCCUCGACACGCUCACCCUCAAGGCCAAAUCUAAAUCUAAACCCGGUGGCAUUCCCAGCCUCAAGACUCUUGACUUGGCCAAGAAGGUCAAGGAGCUUAGGCUCCAACUCAAGCCUGCAUUUGAUAGAGCCAUGUCCAACUUGAAAGGCCCGGCCCAGUCGGUCGCCGAUGGAUCUGCUUCCACCCUAGGAACAUCCCAUCACAAUAUACUCAAAAAGACAACGUUGGUGUUGAGACAAGACAAUGUAGUGGGUUUCGCUGAUCAAGAAGCCAUUCUACUCGAAUAUUUGAGUGAAAAAACAGAGCAACUUGAUGUUAUCUCCAUCGUGGGCAUGCCUGGUCUUGGCAAGACCACUCUUGCCUAUAAAAUCUACCGUGACCCCAAAAUCGAAUUUGAAUUCCCGGUGCUGAUUUGGGUGUAUGUUUCUCAGGAGUUCAAUGUGAGAGAGGUGUUCCUCACCAUUCUCAAGAAGUUCACCCGCGAAGACAUGUCUGGCAAUAACAACAUCGAACUGACCCGACUAGUCCGGUCUCAUCUGGAGAAGGGGAGGUUCUUACUCUUCAUGGAUGAUGUGUGGACUCUCGAAGACUGGAGGGAAAUCGAAGCUGCCCUACCAAAGAACAAUAAAUUGGGUAAAGUUCUGAUAACCAGCCGUUAUGAGAGAGUGGCUAAACAAACAAACCAUAACAGAGAGCCCCACAAGCUACGCUUCAUGUUGUUCGAGGAAAGUUGGGAGCUCCUCCAAUUGGAGGCAUUUGGUAAGGGCAAUACUUGUCCUAAGGAGUUGGAGGGGACCGGACAGCAUAUAGCCAAGCAGUGUGGGGGAGUGCCUCUAGCUGUGGUGGUGAUCGGAGGAACUCUUUCCGAUAAACAAGACAGGAGAGAAUGGGAGAAGGUGUCCAAGAGUGUGAGUACCUACGUCCAAGAAGAUCGGCGCACUACACAAAUCAUCUCAUUGAGUUAUAACAAACUGCCACAUAACUUGAAGGAUUGCUUCCUCUAUCUAGGGAUGUUUCCUGAGGACACCGAGAUCUCGGCGUGGAAGCUCAUACGCUUGUGGAUUGCAGAAGGAUUUAUACAAGAAAAGCCGGGGAGGAGCUUGGAGGAAGUGGCGGAGGACAACCUGGGCGAUCUCGUAGCCAGGAACCUAGUCAUGGCUGAGACAACCAAGGCCAAUGGAUACGUCAAAACUUGCCGUGUCCACGACAUGAUACGCGAGUUCUGCCAGAACGAAGCCUCGUUUGCAAACAAGAAUCUGUUCCAGGAGGUGAAGAACACGAGGCAUGGGGUGUUGGAUCCUGCAAUAACCGAGAUAGUGAAGCGCCGCCGCCUCUGUAUCCAUUACAACGUCAUGAUGGAAUUCCUCCACAACAAACCCAAGGGCCCUAGAGUCCGCUCGUUCGUUUGUUUCUCCAAGGAAACAAUCAGCUUGCCAACAGAGCACACUGAGUCAAUCACCAACGCUUUCGAUUUACUUCGGGUUGUCGACGCCACUUCACUCAAAUUCACCAAAUUCCCCGCUAAACUCACCAAGCUGAUACAUUUGAGGUACAUUGCUCUCUCCGGCAACGAAUUCAAGGCUCUACCCGAAGGCGUCUCCAACCUCUGGAAUCUACAGACCGUCAAGAUUGACACCACGUCACGCGAAUUGGAGGUCAGAGUGGAUAUUUCCAAGAUGGCGCAGCUAAGGCAUCUGAAGACGAAAGCAGCUAUCAGUCUCAAGGAAAUGAGAUUGAAAGGAAAAGGCGGAGAGAAUCUACAAACACUGAGCAGAUUGUCAGCCGAAUCCUGCACCGCAGAGCUGUUCAGCAGGAUCUUAAACCUCAGGAACUUGGGGAUCCGAGGGAACCUAAACACUCUAGUGGAUGCGCCGUACUUGGGGAAAUUGGAACUACUUGAAAAGCUGAAGCUAGUGCACGACCCGUUCUCCAUCACGGGGGAGAAGAAGGAGCUGCAUCGAUUCCCUCAUCUUCACAAUCUCCCACCGAACCUAAGGAUGCUGACGCUAUCAUACACUCAGUUGGCUUGGACCCAGAUGAACAUACUAGGAGGCCUGCACAGUCUGGAGGUGCUCAAGCUCAAGGAGAUGGCGUUCAAGGGAGGGCGUUGGGAAACUCAAAGCAGCGGCUUCCCUAAUCUCGAAACUCUACACAUUGCGCGUACCGAUUUGGAAAUAUGGACUGCUGCUUCAGAUGAACCAUUUCCCAAACUGAAGAAUCUGAUAUUGAAGAACUGCGAGGGACUUCAAGAAAUCCCAUUUGCAAUAGGGAAGGGGAAAAACCUUCAGCUCCUGGAGAUUGAACGUGUGUCACCAACACUAGUUCAAUCUGCCCAAAAAAUCGCAUCUGCCAAAAUCGAAAAGGAAAAACAAGAAAUGCAAGGUGGGGAAGUAAGAGCCAGAAGGGGUGGAUUUAAACUCAAAACUUCUCCAGGGGAUGCAUCAUCUUCAUCAACCUCAAACUAAUCCACCACCUAUCUUAAUUAUAUCAGUCUCAAGGAUUUUCGUAGCCUUGCCAAAAACAGGGUCUCAUCUUUUUGUACUCAACAUGUUAUGGAUGGAGAUGAGUUAGUAUUAUAUCAAUAUUAUAUAGUUUUAACGCAA